AUGACUGUCUUAGGCGGUACUGGUUGCUCCGGGCUCCAGGCCCGGGUUCCCCGCCGCCUCCUUUCCCCUCCCCGCCGCCCUCUGCACUUGGCUGCGGGCGGUGCCCGGGGCGUGGCUAUUCUGCUCCAGAGCCCCUGCCCCGGAGCUGACCCGCCCACUCCUGAGAGGCGAUUGGGGGUGGACCGCCUGGCUGGGUGUGGACCCGCCUGCUCUGGGCUUCUCUCUGCACGCUGGUUGAUAUGUCUUUGUGGAAGUCUGCUCUGCCAGAGCAAGGUACACAGAAGGCGAGAUAUGUCUGCUGUGGUUUUCUCAGUUGGACCUCUGAGUCCUGAAGCAACCCAGCCAGAUGAUGUUCUUCACUUCCAGGCAGGAGAACCAGAUUUGAUAAAGGAAACAGUGACAUUUAAGGAUGUGGCUGUCGACUUUACAUGGGAGGAGUGGCGGCUGAUGGAUCCUACACAGAGAAACCUGCACAAGGAUGUAAUGCUAGAGAAUUACAGGAAUCUCGUUUCCCUGGGACUUGUCGUUUCCAAGCCAGAUAUGAUAUCUCAUUUGGAGGAUGGAAAAAGACCAUGGGUGAUGGUGAGAGAAUUUUCAAGAGCCCCAUAUACAGAGUUGGAGACCAAAUUGGCAACCAAGGAUACUGUACUAACAGAGGAAUUUUCUGAAGAAGACUUACCACAGGGUACCAUAGUGGAGAAGCUUACAGAGAAUGGCCUAUGGAGUUUCCGUCUGGGACGAUCAUGGAAUAACAGGAUACUGAGAUUGCAAAAUAAACAGGAGAGUCAUUUGAAUCGAAGAAUAGUUACACAUAGGAACACUCUCACUGCUCAAGGAGGCUUUAGGUUUGGAUCUGUUCUUUUUUCAGAACCAGAGAUUAUCACAGAGAAGUCCCGCAGCAAAUGCCACGCACACAAGGAUAGUUUUACAGAGAAUUUAGAUUUGAUUAUGGAUACUCAUUUGGGGAAGAAAAUUUGCAAGGAGACUAAAGGCAGCAAUGCCAUUAGGCAUACAUCAGAACUUAUUUUGGAAAAGAAAAUUAAUUAUAAAGAAAAGCCCUACAAAUGUAGUGCAUGUGACAAAGCCUUCUGUUAUAGAUCAUUGCUCGUUCAACACCAGAGGACUCACACUAAAGAAAAACCUUACAAAUGUAAUGAAUGUGGGAAAAUGUUCAGCCAGCCUUCGUAUCUUAGUCAACAUAAAAAAAUUCACUCUGGAGAAAAACCCUAUAAGUGUAAUGAAUGUGGAAAGGCCUUUAUUGCUUCUUCAUCUCUUAUGGUACAUCAGAGAACUCAUACCAAAGAGAAACCUUAUCAAUGCAAUGUCUGUGGAAAAUGUUUUAGCCAGUGUGCUCGCCUUAAUCAGCACCAGAGAAUUCAAACUGGAGAAAAACCCUAUAAAUGUAGUGAGUGUGGGAAAGCUUUCAGUGAUAAAUCAAAACUCAUAAGACAUAAGGAAACUCAUACUGGAGAGAAACCCUACAAAUGUAAUGACUGUGGGAAAGCCUUUAGGAAUAAGUCAUAUCUUAGUGUACAUACGAAGACACAUACAGAAGAGAAACCUUAUAAAUGUCACGAGUGUGGAAAAUCCUUCAAGAAUACCACAAUUUUUAAUGUUCACCAGAGAAUUCAUACUGGAGAGAAACCCUUUAGAUGUGAUGAGUGUGGUAAAGCCUAUAGAAGCAAUUCAAGCCUUAUUGUACAUAUCAGAACUCAUACUGGAGAAAAACCAUAUGAAUGUAAUGAAUGUGGGAAAGCAUUCAACCGUAUAGCAAAUUUCACUGAACAUCUGAGAAUCCAUACGGGAGAAAAACCCUAUAAAUGUAAAGAAUGUGGGAAAGCCUUCAUUAAUUAUUCAUGCCUUACUGUACAUCACAGAAUGCAUACAGGAGAGAAACCCUACAAAUGUAAUGAAUGUGGAAAGGCCUUCAUGCGUUCUUCAUCUCUUAUUAUACAUCAGCGAAUCCAUACAGAAGAGAAACCUUACCUAUGUAAUGAAUGUGGUGAAUCUUUCAGAAUAAAGUCACACUUAACUGUACAUCAGAGGAUUCAUACUGGAGAGAAACCCUAUAAAUGCACUGAUUGUGACCGAGCAUUCACCAAAAUGGUAAAUCUCAAGGAACAUCAGAAAAUUCAUACUGGGGUGAAACCCUAUAAUUGUUAUGAUUGUGGAAAAUCCUUCAGGACAAAGUCAUACCUUAUUGUACAUCAGAGAACCCAUACUGGAGAAAAACCAUAUAAAUGUAAUGAGUGUGAGAGAGCUUUCACUAAUACAUCACAGCUUACUGUGCAUCAAAGAAGGCAUACUGGUGAGAAACCUUAUAAAUGUAAUGAAUGUGGGAAAGUUUUCACAAGUAAUUCAGGCUUUAAUACCCAUCAGAGAAUACAUACGGGAGAGAAACCAUUUAAAUGUCGUGACUGUGGGAAAGCAUUUAGCCAGAUGGUACAUGUCACAGAACAUCAGAAAAUACAUAGUGGAGAAAAACCUUAUAAAUGUGAUGUUUGUGGGAAAGCCUUCAGGAGAGGUUCAUACCUUACAGUACACUGGAGGACACAUACUGGAGAAAAACCCUAUACCUGUAAGGAAUGUGGGAAAGGUUGUAUUACCUUAUCACAGCUAACUCUACAUCAGAGAAUUCAUACUGGGGAGAGGCCAUAUAAAUGUGAAGAAUGUGGAAAGGCCUUCAGAACUAACUCAGACUUUACUGUACAUCUGAGAAUGCAUACUGGAGAAAAACCUUACAAAUGUAAUGAAUGUGGAAAGGCCUUUAGGAGUAGCUCAAGCCUUACUGUACAUCAAAGAAUACACCAGAGAGAAGCUCAAUUAAUAUUGAUAGAGGAAACGAAAUCUUUGAUCCAGAUGCCUAUUCCAUGA